UUCUGUCGACCAACACCUAAAUCUACCUUAGACCAAUAAUUUGAGCUUUUGAACAUGCAGUAGCAGUUCCUGAGUUCACGCUUGCAGUUCUGUAUCUAGUAUUCUUAUUCCCCCCUGCAUUAAUUACCUACCUAAGAAGUAGGUAAGGUAACCUACCACGGUGAUUACCACUAUCCGAAUCCUAUGUGUCUCUACGGCAUUGGUCUAUCUAUCAUGGCCACCCGCAGAUGAUAGUUAGUUCGACGCGCCUCCAAUCCCAGUACCUACCUACUUGCCUGCCUAGGUACCUACAUUCAGCCUGCCUUGCAGCCCAAUCAACGCCGAGCCUGAUAAUUGCUCGUCAUGUCCGCGCCAUAUUGGGGCCAAUUGCCCCCUUCAAAAGCUCGUCGCAUGUCCGACGACUUUGAUCAGACUGAUCGCAGACAGUCGUUGGAUCAGUCCACCUCUGACUCUCGCUCUCGCUCUCGCUCACAAUCACAUUCGCAAUCACUCUCUCGGUCUCAGUCCCAGCCGCGACCGCUACCGAUACCGCCAUCGAAACGAGCAUCCGUUCAAACCACCCAUACCGACGCCUAUACAGACUCCACUUUUAGUCCCUUCCAAACACCUACUACACCCUAUUUCCAAGACACCGGACUCGCUCCUCGUCCGCCCUCUUUACCAUAUGGGCAAAACCAAUAUCCUCCAGAGCUACAAGAACGCCGACGAAGACGCACCAGUCAGCCCCCAGAAAUUGGCUUCCACGACGAGACCCCUGCCUCGCCUCUCCUUCCCCCAGCAGCUCCUGACGUCCCUAAAGCCCCGCCUGUUAGCUAUAGGGACCCGUAUAGACAUAGUAGUCCAGCUUUCACUCCCACCUACUCUUACAACGCUGACGGCCAGCCUGGACCGCCGCUUUCAGCUUACCGAUACGGUUCGCCUAGGUACGGGUCACCACAGACCCGAACCGGGGCCAUGGACAUCGAGUCCUUCUAUAAUACUAGCACCCCACCCCCGGAGAAACAGGGCAAAGUACCCAUUCUCGACCGAUCUCGAGAGAAUUUUGGCGAGGAUGGGGUUUUCGGUGGGCAAGUAGGCGCAGAUAACGAAAGAUCUAGACCCAUACGUCGCUCAGAAAACGAAAAGGUUAUAGAAAAAGGGACCGCAGAUCCUGCUCCACCCAAGAGACGAGGGACCAUAAGUGCACCAGUAAAACGCCCGACAUGGGCAGACGAUCGGUCGCCGUUGCAGAAGCUCGAACUUACCCUCGAUAGCAUCACCAAGGAGGAGAAACGAGCUCGAGUAGAAGCUGCUGAACAACGCGCCAGAGAUCGGGCAGUACGAAGAGAUGAGGUGGAUCAAGAACGGCUUCAACUUCCGUCUGGGCAUCGAACUGGUCAGCAGGCUCGGUUGAAAGACCGGCGUGAACAUGAAGAUCGGCCUGAAGAACCACGUGCAAUUGUUCCAGAUCAGAUGCAAGCACAGCCAUCAGCAGCCGUGUUUCGUGGGCCUUUGUCUCAAAACCCAACAGAGGAUACUGGGCAGAACAUAGCAUCGGACCACUCCUUAGGUUCUCGGAUUCCAGUUGCUAAGAACCGAAAUGUUCCACCAACUGAAAAGGCUGAUUUGCCUCAACGUAACUUGAGCUUUCGUGAAAGGGCUGCCAAGAAUGAUCUCAACUUACCAAAAGAAGUAGAGAGUACCUCGCCGGCAUCACCCAUCACCCCGCCAAGCGGGGGCUUUUCCCUCACUCGGAGUGGAAGUAACAAGCUUAAAAAGAACCCCCCCGGAGAUCCUUGGUACAGCAUGCGUAGGGAGGCUGAAGAGAAAUCCGCGGCCCAGAAUCAACGCAAUAUACAGCCUGAGGAAAGGACCGGGCCCCCCAGAAACACCACUAUAGUUGAUAUUGCACAGUCCAACAACGGAUCACCCCGGAAAUUACCUCUUCUUCCAGUCGACUAUCCCGACAGACCUCCAGCUAGGGGUAAGAGGUUUGACUCGGGAGAAGAUUAUGACGACUCGUUCGGUAGACAGAGAGAAAUUAAUCCCGCAAUUGGGUAUGGCCGAACCGAAUCUACGGGAACGGGAAGCAGUCAGCAAUUGCCGUAUCAAAGUUCGUUACGAAACACGGACGCUCCUAAAGCGCCUACUGGUAGUGUGGUAAAAUCCGUCAAGUUUCCAGAGCGACAUAACGAGGCCCAAAUGUUUGAGGGCAGCGAGUAUGAAUCGGAAGUGAGUGGUCAUGGCCUCGGUUUUCAUGACUAUUUGCAUCGAGGCAAGCUUAGGCCUGGCCGAGGGAUGUACCAACGACCAACGUACUUGGAUGAGUGGAAGACCGCUACGGUAGGAACCCUACAUGGCCCUCUACUUGAUCUCAUCGAAGAGCCUUCUACGUCUACCGAAAAAACUACUCCGUGGUGGGAGGGUAGUGGUAGUACCAGUAAGCGUCGAGGUAGCACGACGACGCGGCCACAGCAGUUCGACGGGGCGUACGACGAUGCGCAGGUUCCAACCAGAUUCAGACCACAAUUAUAUCUCAAGUGUGGGCCGCUAUUGCGUUAUUGUGGGCUUCGUCAUGAAAAGCCUGUGACACGAACAAGUCUUGAUAACUCCCUUUCCGACCGAGAGAUAUGGAGAGGCUCUGUGAUGAUCGUUACGCAAGAUUCGCAAUCGUCGUACGACAUUCCACCAAUUCUCCGGCUUUUUGUUCAGCCUAUCGAACUCCUACCACCGCCCCCUGCAGAGCUCCAUGGAGAGCUGCCACCAGAGUACGUGGACCCAAUCGCUGGCAUACCAAAGCUUGGCCGACGAGGAGAGACUCUUUAUGUACGACCAGUAGAACAUCUAGAGGAAGGAAAAGAUGUUUCACGGUUUGAGCCCGAUGAUGGCUUAUUCGAAAUUACUAGAAGCGCACCCGACUUCAAUAAUGCACCUGAUCCGCCAGGCUCUUUUACUAGUCGCAAAAGACGCACUCCGGUUGACGGUGAGAAGCUUGGGAAGUAUAAAGACGUACGUGGAUUUCGCCUACAUACUGAGCGAGGUCAUACGUUUUGGAGAUUCAACAUCGAAGUUGAGCUUCGCGAAAAACAGCAAAGGGUCGCCUACCGUAUUAAUCAUGGGCCUGCGACAGCAUUCUGGGUGCCUGCUCGGGGCCAAUCGAUGAACAUCAUGUUCCACAGCUGUAAUGGAUUCAGCCUGAGCGUAAACCCUGACGAGUUCAGCGGUCCAGAUCCUAUGUGGCGUGACGUUCUCAAUAACCAUCAAACCCGGCCUUUUCACGUAAUGAUAGGAGGCGGAGACCAAGUCUACAAUGAUGCUAUCAUGCGAGAUACUCGUCACUUCCAGGAAUGGCUACAUAUCAAGAAUCCUUUGCACAAGAACAACGCUCCGUUCACUGCCGAAAUGCAGGAUGAAAUGGAACAAUUCUACCUGGAUAGAUACUCGAUGUGGUUCUCGCAGGGAUUAUUCGGUUUGGCGAACUGCCAGAUUCCCAUGGUCAACAUGUACGAUGAUCACGAUAUAAUUGAUGGCUUUGGUUCCUACCCUCACCAUUUUAUGAAGUCGCCAGUAUUUACUGGCCUAGGCAAUGUCGCGUUCAAAUACUACAUGCUCUUCCAGCAUCAGAGUCUGCCUGAAGAAACAGAGCAAUCAGAGCCAAGCUGGGUUCUUGGAAUGAAACAAGGGCCAUAUAUCCAUGAGCUGAGCCGCAGCAUGUUCAUACCUCUGGGUGCUAAAGUUUCCCUUCUUGCUGUUGAUUGCAGGACCGAGCGUACGAGAAACGAAGUUGUGCGUGAGAAUACGUGGAAGAAGCUCAUGGAUCGUUGUUACGACGAGAUUACCAAGAACGAGACGCAACACUUGCUCGUUCUAUUAGGGGUUCCUAUUGCUUACCCUCGCCUUGUUUGGCUUGAGAAUAUCUUAACUUCACGAUUAAUGGAUCCCAUUAAGGCUCUCGGGAAAGCGGGAAUGUUAGGUAAUUUCCUCAACCGCUUCGAUGGGGGCGUUGAAGUAUUAGAUGACCUUGACGAUCACUGGACAGCAAAGAACCACAAAGAUGAGCGGAGGUUUGUUAUCGAAGAUUUACAAGAUCUUGCCGCAGACAAAUCCGUUCGUGUGACGAUCCUGAGCGGCGACGUACAUCUAGCUGCGGUCGGCCAAUUCUACUCCAAUGCUAAGCAGAACCUUGCCAAGCACAAGGAUUUCCGCUACAUGCCUAAUAUCAUCUCGUCUGCUAUUGCUAACACGCCGCCUCCUGAUCUGAUGGCGGAUAUUCUCAACAAGCGAAACAAGAUUCAUCAUUUCGACAAGGAGACCGACGAAGACAUGAUCCCUAUCUUCACCAAUGGCGUAGAUGGCAAGCCACGAAAUAACAAGCGUCUUCUACCUCAUCGCAAUUGGUGUUCUAUUCGUGAAUACGUCCCUGGACAGACGCCACCGCCUACUCCGUCGCUGGAGGAUUACGACCUUACUCCUGAAGGUACACCACCAGGUAGCCGAGUUGGGCUCUUCCGUAAAUUCUCGUUGACCAAGAAUCGUGGCCCCACUAUCCGUCCCGAUGUUGCCGCGGACCGCUCGCGUCCGCCUUUGUCUAGCGGCAGCGGCUUGUUCCGUUCCUUCUCACGGCGGCGCACCUCUUCCGAAAAUGUGUCACGGCCUAAUAAGAUUCUACGCACGCUAUCACUAGGCCGUGGUGACCCCUCUCGCCCACGCGGUAGUGGUCUAUUUGGGCGGAAGAGUAGCAUUGAUCGGUCCAACGAUGGCGGCAUCAAUGGCGACUGGGGCCCAGAUAGUGAGGAGGAUAUGUAUGACGAUGUGCAACCGCCCGCUCGGCAAAGGGUAGCUCGGCCAGCUGUUUACGGCCCGGGACAUUCGGACUACGGAAGUAACACGAGCGCGGGCAACAUGGGAUAUAUGCGUGGUGGGGCUGGGGACCACCGAAACGACGAGUAUGAGGUCGGCGAUGAUUCCUUCUUUACCGCCCGCUCCCCGCGUCGUGCGGUCACGCAACCUGUGGCCGCUUCUACAUCCUACAAUAACGAAUAUAAUCGUAGCAACGACUACAACGAUUACUAUAACCGCGAAAGUUCAGAGGAAGCGUACGACGACACGCUGGCGCCGCCAACGCGCCCGUUUAAGCGUACGCCUACCGGACUCUCGACGAAGCUACUUAAGAAGCGCGGCCCCGAGCACUUCGAGGUCGACAUCCAAGGCGGUCUAGAGGUGUGCCUCAACGUCGAAGUCAACCCCAAGGACCCCGCGGGUAUCACAGUCCCGUACAGACUGCUCGUUCCGAGGCUGUGGUAUGAGUACCAGGGCGAGGACGGGGGCCAUGACACAGAGCCUGAGAUACAGCAGGGGCGAAGAGAGGAGAUCCCUCAAGCACCAACGCCAGGACCUCCGCCUGCGCCUGCGUCCAUGAUGUCCGAGGAUUUGGACGAGGAGUACGAGGACGACUAUGAGGAGAAACCCACAGGAGGAUUGCUGAAACGCAUAUUUAGCGGUCGUGGGAGACGCGCGAGUGAGGGUGGUGGCGGUGGGGGAAGUCAUUACAGGGCGAGGAGACAAUCGCCUUAAGUUUGAAGUUGCCGAGCAUAUAUUAAGCGGUACAAAUAUGAAGAGAGAGAGUGUGUGAGAGUCAUGGACAGGCUAUAUUAUGAUCAUAUAUGCCUAAGGUACGACCAGGCUCAGCAACAAAGGGAGCCUUUUCUUCGUUGGAUUUUUUUUUUAAAUUUUCUGGAAACAGGGGAAUAUUGUUAACAUGUAUGGGAGCUAGGAUGGUCAGGGAAAAGUUUCUGGUUUCAACGAUUUUUUAGCCCUGGCGGUGUUUCUUUUCUUCUUUGCCGAUGCGGUUUCGACCGAUUUACCUACCUGCCUGCCUACCUAGAGAUUGGGUACCUAAGGUGGGUAGGUAAGUCCCCUUUUGAUGAGGAGCUCUUGACGAAAGGGUUGGCUCGAACGAAGUAUCUUCUAAGGGAGAGCGUUGGUU